AUGUUUGCUAGACUUGCCACGCACACUUUCGCAAGAGCACCCACAUCAUGGGCUAGACUUAUGAGCACAGAGACCAGACAGGCCAUCACAUCGGCAAUCAAAUCCGCGCCCGUUGUGCUAUUUAUGAAAGGUACGCCAGAGUUUCCACAAUGUGGAUUUUCUAAAGCUACGAUCGGCAUGCUCGGGCAGCAAGGCGUUGACCCAAUGAAAUUUGCCGCCUACAACGUCCUGGAAGACCCAGAAUUGCGGGAAGGUAUCAAGGAAAUCAGCGAAUGGCCCACUAUUCCACAACUAUAUGUAAACGAGGAAUUCGUAGGCGGAUGCGAUAUCGUCAUGAAUAUGGCCCAGACCGGUGAGCUAACUAAGCUUUUGGAGGAGGCCAAGGCCUUGGUGCCGGAGGAAGACGAGGAGUAA